CAAUCACCUUACCGGAUCGAGUGCUAGGAAUUGUGGGAGAGAAUGGAAGAAACGUCCGCCAUGAUGGGCGCUGAAAAUUUCGUUCUGGUUGUGUUACAAAAAAGUGUUGUGUUAUCAAACCGAGCAUGUAAGACGUCUAAGUGUUAAAAUGGCAAGAAACUAGACAGUAUAAGUCACCGCAACAACCUCGAAUUACCCGUCCAGACGGGAUCCGAAGGAAGUUACUGCGGAUUGAAAGGGGACGUCGCUAAGCCUCGUGUUUGUUCUGGUGAUCGUUUGAUUAGAAGAUGAGUAAACUGUCUUUUCGAGCUCGUGCGCUGGACGCCACCAAACCAGUACCAGUAUACUGGUCGGAAGAGAUUCCGGACUUGCCAGAUUUUGCCGCAAUUAAUCGUGCGGUUCCUCAAAUGCCCACCGGAAUGGAAAAAGAGGAAGAAUGCGAACAUCACUUACAGAGAGCAAUCUCAGCUCAACAAGCCUUUGGACAUACUGGUGAAUUGGUAAUACCUACACCAGAAGUCUUUGCAACACCACCUGACAUUUAUGAAGAAAUGUAUCCAGCGAAUUACAAAGUUCCUCGUCAGCUUAUACACGUACAGCCCUUUUCUAUGGAUCAGGGAAUUCCUGAUUAUGAUAUGGAUACAGAUGAUGAAAAGUGGGUAAAUCAGCAAGCAAGGAAAAUGGACAUAACACCACUACAGUUUGAAGAGAUGAUGGAUCGUCUUGAAAAAAGCAGUGGACAACAGGUUGUUACUUUAAAAGAAGCAAAAUUAUUAUUAAAAGAAGAUGAUGAUCUUAUUAUUGCUGUAUAUGACUAUUGGUUAAAUAAAAGACUGAAAACUCAACAUCCAUUAAUACCUCAAGUUAAGACGGAAAAGAGAGAUGGUUCAACUGUGAAUAAUCCAUACGUUGCAUUCCGAAGACGAACAGAAAAAAUGCAGACAAGAAAGAAUAGGAAAAAUGACGAGACUUCAUAUGAAAAAAUGUUGAAAUUACGAAGAGAUUUAAGUCGAACAGUAACAUUGCUUGAAAUGGUUAAAAGGAGAGAGAAGACGAAAAGAGAGCAAUUGCAUUUAACUAUAGAAAUUUUUGAGAAAAGGUAUCAAGCUGGAGAUUUUAGUGGGCAAAUUCUCUCUGAAGUAUCAACUAUAAAACAUACUAAGCCAGCCUAUGUUCCUGUAAAUAAUAAUCAAGGAGUUAUGAAACAAGAAACACGGGUAUCUAAACAUAAAGAUGAAGGAACACAGAGGAAGAAAAGAGAAUAUACAAAAAGAAAGCAUAAACAAGAUUCUACAUCACUUAGACAACAACAAUCAGUGUCACGUACUGAAGUAGAUUCUGGAUAUCCUGAUAUUAGUUCUGAAGAUGAAAGACUUUCAUUAGUAACAUCACCAUCUGAUCCAGAAGAUGAUAAUGAUCCAGAUGGACCUUAUGCCUUUCGAAGGAAGAAGUAUUGUGAUUAUCAUGGACCUUUAAUAGAUCGUCUUGGGAAUUGGCCAUGGUGUAGUCCAGAUGAUGGUGGGCUUAGUGAUCCUCGGUAUAGGUAUAAUUUGACAUCAUUAUCAGAACCACAGACUAGAUGUAUAGGAUUUGCAAGGAGGAGGAUAGGAAGAGGUGGAAGACUUCUGCUGGACAGAGCUUGGACACCUGCAGAUGAUUUAUGGCCUAUUUUAGACUUUAGUAUACCACCUUCUUUACCAAAUGGUCUACCAUGUUCAAAUGAUUUCUUAACAGAAAUAAAGAAUGACUGGUUACAUUUUCGACCACAGCCUUCAGCUAGAAGAAUAAGUGUUGCUAGUAGUGAUGAACAAGAUGAAAAUAAUCAACAGAUACACUCACCUGUUGGACAGUUAGAUGAUGUAAAUAAUGCUCUUGACAGUGUACCAACAGACUUUGAAAGUUUCCAAAGUCAUCAAGAAGAACUUUUUGAAAUGCAAAGAAAACAAUUAGAAAGGUUAAAACAAGAAGAACUAAGUUCAGAUAAUUCAUAUAAUUCAGAACAUUCCUUUACCUCCCAACCAACAUCACGUUUCACUUUAGACUCUGCCAGUGCAAAAUUUGCUGUGUCAGCUGUGCUCAAUACUAGUGAUGUACCUGGAUUUCUAAAUUCACUAGUAUCAGCAUCAGAGACCAGUAACAGUAUUACCUCACAUAUUACAGGAAAAUUACCAUUAACUAAUGGACCAAUAGCAGAUAGUACUGAUAUAAAUUAUAGCAGUUUUAACAAAGAAAAUGCUGAUAGCACAAUUUCUCAUGUUCCACCUACACCCUUAGACUCUGUUCUGGAAAUAACAUUACCGAAUGUAGUAACAUCAACAGCAUUACCAACAUGUGUACAAGUAGUACCGUCCACAGAUUUGGAUCUACAUAAUCCAUUAAGUAUGUUAACAUCAAAAGUGACUACCCCUCAUGAUGAAUUAAGGUUCCCUAAUACAGAACAGAAUGGAAAUGAAGAAAGUGGAGAGAGUCAAGAAAACAUGACAUUAAACAAAAUGAAAGUUUCUAGUGACAGAGGAGUACCGAUGGAUGUAACUUGACAAUGGUUGAAAUCUGAACAAGGUACUAGAUAUGCUAGCCUGCAGUGUUCUGCAUGAAAAGAUGGGAAGUCAUUCUGCAGCUUGGUCCUGUAACUGAUGGUGGAGAGAGAAGAAAGGAAAUUGCACUUCUCAAGUCAGUCUCUGUAGAGGUGAUUGCCACAUCCCAUUGACCCAAGAAGAAAGGAAAAGUGAUGCUUCAUAAUGUGCUGUAUUCAGUCCCAACCUUUGUCAUAACUGCUGUAUGUAGAUUUAGAAGUCUUUGUGAAUUAAUGUUCAAAUUCCACAUUACGUGUACUACAAAAUUUUCAAAACUGAGAACAAGUUUGAGUAAAAUCGAUGGAGAAAACCCUAGGUUUUCUACUUCAUUAUAGAAAUAUUGACUGAUAGUUUACUUACUGUACACCAUACUGUUUUCAACAUCCCACUUCUGUAUUAUGUACUUUUUAAAUAAUAAUAAUUGAAGAUUAAAUUAUUUUUUAUUUUACUAUAGAUGAAUUCCAACAGCUCAACUUCAAUCCAAAAUAAACAAAUUUGUGAAACAACAAGUCUUCCUUCCAUGUAAAUGCUGCACAAUAUUAAAUACAAUACUGUAUUUCAUUAUAUAUUUUUAAGCUAUGUCUGUUGGAAUUUGAAACUAUUCAUUCCAAAAUCUAAUUUAUAUAUCAGCAAUAUAUCACCUUUAGAGGGAAGCAACCACCAAAUUUUUUUUGUUAAUUUGUCAGUUUAAAGUUACCUGUUAAACUUUGUUACUAUACACAGUGCUUCAUUUUAGUAAAUUUUCAUGAACCUCAAAUGAUUUUUAAAAUGUAUUUAUUAAUUUAGUAGUACAACCCACAAUCUGAUAAAUAAUUUUUAUUGUUAUUGAAUUUUAACAAUGAAUUUGUUUUAUUUAAACUGCUUCCCUUUACAUAAUUAAAUGUAAAUGUAUUCUUGAGCAGUUAUUUCCUUGUUGCCAAUGGCUGAGGUAUAGAAUCAGUUCAUUUUAAAGGUUGCUUAUUCUCAUGCUAGUCCUUAAUUUAGAUGUAGAUUUUUCAUUGCCUUAUAAGUGGCUGUGAUUAACAAACUGAUCUGUUCUUUUCCUCAGCUUUUUGGUAAUAUUUUUGCUGUAAUAUACAUAUACAUAUAUAUAUAAAGUACUUAUGUAUGUAUGUAUUUAUGUAUAUAUAUAAAUAUAUAUAUAUCUGAUAUAGUCACAAAGGAAAAAAAUUGGUUUAAGCCCAUGAAUAUUUUUUUUGGGAACUAGAAAACCAAAGGCAGCUGUGUAUACAUGUGAUAAUGUGUUGUGUACUCAAUUGUCAAGUUGGAAUGUAUGUAUAUAUUGUGGUAAUUUUCUAGUAAAAACAAUUGGCUUCUAGAUGUUGACAGUAUGACAUUGUGACAAUGAUAGUGAAUGCAGUACGGGUCCUCCGGUGCCUUUAAGGCAUAUUUGCCAUUCCGGCUAAUAUACACACAGGCUAAUCAGACAAAUGACUAAAUAUGCAAAUAACUUAAAGCCAUAUUUGUACUACAGAUAACAAUAUAUAUCACCUAAAAAGUGGAUAGUUCUGUAGAUAAAAAAUAACUUUAAUGUUAUAAAUAAAGUUGAAGGCAAAACUGAAAUAUAAUAUAUUUUUAUCUCCUAUUAAAUGUGCAAUGUGUAAUAUAAUUUAAAAUUCCUCUUAUGAUUCAAAAUAAUCCCUGUUAUUUCUGUUGUAACAAAUGGUGAUAUAUUUUUAGAUAGAGAUUUCAUACUGCCAGAGAAUUUAUCCCAAAUAUGCAAUAUAAAAAUACUAAACUAGAACAAUAAUAAUGAUUUUUUGAGUGUUGAAAAGUUCCUUAUUAAAAUUCCUGGUAGAAAGAAAAGAAUACUUUGUGUGUUGAAAUGUGAAUAUUAAAUCAUUGUGAUAUCCAAAUACUGUAGUAUAAGUAAGGCUUUAUGUUUAAUAUUUGCAUAUUACAAUUUAUUUUUACUUGUUGGUUGCUAUUCUUUUAUAUAAAGAACAUUUUAAAAGUUUUGUGUUUGAAAUAACAAACUACAAUAAUAUUAAAAGCUUGUUAAUUAGCAUUUUUCAGUUAUGCUGGCACUUUUUUUUCAGCCAAGAGAAAUUUUAUUUGAAAUCCACUGUAAAACGAAGUGACUAUAAUAGAAAUAUGAAAUAUUCAAAACCAGUACAAAGUUAGUAAUCAUAAACUUGUUGUAUUGUCAGAAGACACCACUUAUGUAUAUUUUGCAAGCAAUGUUCACCCAAUUCCUGUUACACAAUCAAGUGAACAAAUGAAUCUGUAUGAAUUGUCUGUGAAAUUUUAAUUCAAUCCAUUAUAUAUGUACUUGGAAUAAUUCAUAUUAGAAAGCUGUUCCAGCUCCUAGGAGUUUUACUUUUAAGAUCCAAGUAAAAAUUAAACAAUUGAAGAAAGUGUUAUACGUGAACUGUGCUUGCUAUUAUACAAUAUUUACUAUUGUAAUUUAAGGUUAUGGUACAGUGCCACAUAAUGGCUAGUACCUGAUUAGACUGCCGAAUGAUUAGUCUUGCUCACAUUUAUUGCUAUAUGGUGUCAAUCUGAUGAAGUUUCCUAGUGCUAAAACUAGGAUUCAUCACAGUCAUCUCUUCACUAAGACUCAAUAUAUCUGUAGUUGCUGUGUGUGUAUUACCAUAAAUUGCCGUUGUGAAGUAUCACUUUUCUUCACACAGAACAUCCCUGUACCUCACAGUUGUCAAACGAUGUGGUGUACUGUACAGGCUAUGUUCUGCACCACUGAUUUGUAUGACUGAAUUGUGGAAAACCCUGUGUAAUAUAAGUUUUAUAUUUACUUCAAACUGUAUCAUUGUAAAUAGCACUUUAGCUCGCAUGAAUUAAAGCAAUUUGACCACGA